AUGACCAAUACAUUGCAAUCCUGUCGUCAAUUUUGUCUCGUUUACCUUGAUGAUAUUAUUGUCUUCUCGAAAUCCUAUGAAGAACAUAUUAAUCAUCUUGAACAAGUAUUUUCGGCUUUACAAACAAAAUAUUUUGUUCUUAAUCCUCCAAAAUGCGAAACUAUGGUUCCAACAAUCAAUUAUCUUGCACAUACAAUUAGCGAAAAGAUCAUUACUCCGAUGAACGAAAAAAUACAAGCAAUUCUUGAUAUUAAAGAACCACAUACACUAGCUCGUGCAAAUAAAUUUAUUGAUACAUUAAGCUGGUAUCGUAAAUUCCUCCCAAAUUUUGCUACAAUUGCAGCACCAAUUCAUUCCGUUACCAAUCUUAAUAAAAGAGACCGUCGUAAAUUUAAGUGGACGUCAGAACAAUCCACAGCAUUUCAUCAACUCAAACAAAUGCUUAUAACUGAACCAUUAUUUCUUCAUUUUCCUGUCGAUAAUAUACCUCUAAUAUUGACCACUGAUGCGAGUAAUAUCGGCAUUGGAGGUGUAUUACAACAAGAAGUCAAUGGUCAACUUCGAAAUUUAUAUUAUCAUCCUCAAUUAAUGACACCUUGUGAACGAAAAUCAUACUUAUUAGGUCGACGUAUUAUUAUACAAACUGAUCAUUGUCCAUUAUGUAAUAUUACGAAAAAGACAGUUGGAAAUGCAAGAGUGGAUCGUAUUGCUCAAUUAAUCCAAGAAUAUAAUAUUGAACAAGAUCGAGAUCCUGAUAUACAAAAUAUAAUUCGUCGUCUCCACGACAAAUCAACUACAUUACCCUUCAUACUUAAAGAUAAUCUUCUUCGUAGAUUAAUUACACAUUCUUCUCAUUCUAAAACUAAAUUCGAUGUUAUUUAUCUUCCAGCAUCUAUGGUUAAACCACUUUUUUAUGCAUGUCAUGAUGGUCCAAUGACUGGAGAACAUUUUUCCAUCGAUCGAACAUAUAACAAAAUUAAAAAUCUCUAUAGGUGGCUAAGAAUGAAAUUAUCAAUUUUACAACAUAUUAAAUCAUGUCUUUCAUGUCAACAAUAUAAUAUUAGUCGCCAGAAAAGACAUGGCCAACUUCAUCCAAUUCCACCACCAGAUGAUUCAUUUCUACUAAUCGGUAUUGACUUUUGUGGUCCACUUAAAAGAACACCGCGUGAAAAUCAGUAUGUACUCGUUAUAACUGACAACUUCACGCGAUAUAUAACCGCCAUUGCAUUACCGAAUUGUACAGCCGAAACGACCGCUCAAGCUUUAUUUAAUGAAUAUUUUUGCAAAUAUAGUAUUCCUAGUACUAUUAUCAGUGAUCAAGGAGCACAUUUUCAAAAUCACCUUAUGCAAAAUAUUCAAAAAUUAAUCGGGUACAAUCAUAUUUAUAGUACGCCAUAUCAUCCUCAAACCAAUGGCAUUGUUGAACGUUUCAAUAGUACAUUUAUCCCACAAAUCUCUAAAUUACAAGAUACUGCAGAUAACAACUGGGAUGAAUAUCUACAAGCUGUUGUAUUUGCUUACAAUUCCGGCAUACACAAAACCACCAAAUACUCUCCAUAUGAAUUACUUUAUGGUCGUCAACCUCGUCUUCCUAUUCAUCCACGGCCAUCACAUUUUUCAUUCUCCAAACCCAGCGAUUAUUUUAACCAAUUACAAAAAACAUUACGUAUUUAUCAUCAAGCAACAAAAUCUAAUAUUAUACACCAACAAGAAAUGAAUAAAAAUCGAUAUGAUCAAAAUCGUCUUGAUCCACAUUACAAUAUUGGCGAUAAAGUUUUAACUCGUAUUUAUGGUACUCAUAGCAAAUUAGAUCUCAAAUUUUCUCCCAUACCGAAAAAAUUAUCAUCCUUUCAACAAUUUGCACUAUUUAAUUUAUCACAAAUUCGUCAUCCACUUAAUCUCCAGCAAUAUUUCACCAAUGAAUGGAAUCGUAAUCAUCCACAUCUUUCACCACGUAACACCCAACAACGUCACAUUUACCUUGAUCCGGAUCCAAAUCUUGAAUUAAUAGUUAACAUCGACACCAAUGAUUUGGACGAUAAUUUAUUUCCUGAUAACGUUAGGCAAAUUAAUAUUCGAUGUACCUGUCCUGACACUAUUCGUCCCUAUAAAAAUGAUAAUGAACAAUGGAGCCUUCAAAAGGCUCUUCAAUAUACAUUUAAUGAAGCACUAGAUAAAGCUUUAACCUUUAAUGCGUGGAGUUGUGGACUUGACCCUCUUUUACAUUCUGGUCAUACUACUGAAGAAAUAAAUACUCGUGCAGCACUCACAACCUAUGCUAUUAAUGAUGUUCUUGCACCAACUAAAUUACUUUUCCAUUUACAUCACGACAUUAUUCUACGUUAUCAAUCUCCAACUACAGUCACAUCCACCUCGACCAUCCAAAAUGCACAAACUCAAUUGCCUUCUUAUUUCGUAUUGUCUGAUAGUCAUGUGAAACAUAUUGAUUCACCUAUUGAUACUGAAUUUGGUACCAUUACUAUCAUUACCAUUCCCGAUUUAAAAUGGUGUGAUACAGAUAAUCCUCAUUUGUGUGCUUAUUCAUUAUUGCAAUCAACGUCAAUGUCAUUACAUUUGUCAACUGCCUCAGCAAUAAUAUUGUUAAUUGGUACAAAUUCCUUAUGUCGCUUUGAUGCAUCUCAAGUAGUUCAACAAGCAGCGCACACAAUCAAUUACCUUCAUCAACCUUAUCCCAAUUUACAUCAUAAAGAAGCCAUUUCAAUUGUUGCUAUAUUUCCAUGUUUCAAAUUUUUCCCCAACUUUCCGUCGCCAUCAUCAUUAUCUUCAAAUAUCGAUCUGUAUAAUGAACAACUCAACAUCUUAUCCACCAAUAUUCAUUAUACUGUAAUAGACUUUCAAGUAACUGCAUCACAUCUUGCUUCAGAUCACAUGCAUUUACAUUCUAAUCAUCAGGAUAUUAUAUAUAAUUGUAUCGUUCGACAUUUUCAAGAAUUAUCUCAACAACCACCCUCUACUUAA